UCACAAAGCCUGCAGCUGUCUAUCAGACCGUACAGAGAAAAUAGCCCUGCCCCCUCAGUAUCACCCCCCAGAGAGAGAGAAGGAAAGAGGAAGCGCGAGGGCAGAAAAGAUUAGAGCAGUGAGACAGAUGCAGAGUGCCUGAGAGAACCAGAGACGUACAGAGAAAAGAACAGGCAGGUAUACAUUCAUCCCGCAUUCUGCCUAGCAACGUCGCAAGGGAGCGACUGGAGUGGAGUGCAGAGUACGGGACAACUUUGCCAAGCUCAGCAGCGGUACCGGUGAUCUGCUGGAUCUCAUCUCUACGGCAACACUGAACCCGAGAGUGCAUUGCUGGUGCUCCAAACACACAGUGUUCCCAUGUGAGUAAUAUUGAACUGAAACCAACGGAGGGACGGUUCUGCGUAUGGGCAUGUUUGCAGUAAGAGGAAUAACUGAGAAAACAUUGCAGAGGAACGACGGCGUCCAAACCUGAGGACCGGAUCCAUAGAAGCAGUGGCCGCGUGAUUGGGCCAACCACCCAGUGGGAGAAGAGCAGCGAUAUAAGUGUAACUGUGCGACGGUGAUGAGAGCCAAGGUGUGUUGUGGGAAGGGAGAAGAGGAUAUAGAUAAACCUUUCAAUCUAGGGGCAGCACUGGGCAGAGGCAUGGGGAGGUUGUUUCACCCUGAGAGAUGUGCAAAACAAUCCCUCCGUCCUCCUCCGAAACGACUUGCACUGGGAACAGAUAAAGCCUCUGUUGAAGACUGCACUUCGUCUCAGAGCAUGAAGCUGGUUGAAACAUACAGGCAGGACUGACAUCUGACCAGCAAUUUAAAGUGACUUGAAUGGAAGUACAGCAUGCACCACCCCAGGUGUAGUUCCCUUAGGAACUCCCGACACGUCACCCUGUCAUCGGCAAUAAAGGUUUGUUCGCACACGACAAGCACCUGACCGGGUGUCGCCGCUGUCCAAGUGAGGUGGUGCACACAGCCACCAUGCAGUGGAGGCGGCGCUACUGCUGCACUCACGUCGCCAGGCUCCUGUCUCUCCUCUCCUUGCUGGUGGUCCUGGUCAUCUUGCGUCAUCAGGACUGGCUGCCGGGCAUCAAGGGCCCAACAUUGCGGAGGGAGAACCCAGUGGCUUACACUGAGGGAGGACUACACGCCAUAGACAAAGGAAAUCACAGCUCCUCACAGAUUCAAUGGAGGAAUGCACCGGUUCCCCCUGCACCUCCGAAAAUGAAUGCCAACCUCAGUUCCCCUCAGGGGGACUCCUCUCCGCAGCAGGUUACGGGACUGGAGAGCUCGCUGGCGACUAAUGCUAGCUUGAGCGGAGAGGUCGGGCUAGGGGGCCUGCUGACAUCGGAACCCUACCCUUACAUCAUCAACGAGCACAACAAGUGCCGGGAGGGCGACCCAGAACCCUUACUGGUGCUGCUGAUAGCCACGGAGGCCCAGCAGGUGGAGGCCAGGGAGGCCAUCCGGCAAACAUGGGGAAAUGAGAGUGUGGUCCCAGGCCUUGUCCGGCUCUUCUUGCUGGGCGUGAAGAAGGGUGAGGUGGGCCGCCUGCAGCAGAGCAGCCUGGAGGCAGAGAGCAGGAGGCACCAUGACAUCAUCCAGCAGGACUUCAUGGACACGUACAACAACCUGACCAUCAAAACCCUGAUGGGCAUGCACUGGGUGGCCGCGCACUGCCCGGGCGCCAAUUACGUCAUGAAGACAGACAGUGACAUGUUUGUCAACACCGAGUAUCUCGUCCACAAGCUGCUCCGGCCCAAAAAUCAGCCCAAACGUGACUAUUUCACAGGCUACCUGAUGAAGGGCUAUGCGCCCAACAGGAAUAAGAACAGCAAGUGGUACAUGUCCCCUGAGCUGUAUCCAAGCGAGAGGUACCCCACCUUCUGCUCAGGAACUGGCUACGUGUUCUCGGGGGACCUGGCGGGGAAGAUCUACAGGGCUUCUCUAGGCAUUCGCAGGCUGCAUCUGGAGGACGUCUACAUGGGCAUCUGCCUGGCCAAGCUACGGAUCGAACCCACACCGCCACCCAAUGAGUUCCUGUUCAACCACUGGCGAGUGUCCUACUCCAGCUGCAAGUACAGCCACCUUAUCACCUCCCACCAGUUUCACCCCAACGAACUGCUCAAGUACUGGCACCACCUGCAGCGCAACAAGCACAACGCCUGCAUCAACGCAUCCAACGACUAGAUGGGCAGGUUUCACCAGAGACUGCAUGGGUACAGCCUAUUUGGUGAGAGGAUCAAGGGUGAUGUUAGAUCAUGGCCUGUGCAGGAGUCACUGGCAAGAUGUAACCGAUUAAAGCACGUUUUUGGACAAACUAUUGGUUGAGGACAGUCUUUUUUGUUUUUUAAUGGCACUCCAGUUCAUAUUUUUUUGUUUAAUAUAUUAAUUGAAAAUAAAUGUAUGCGUCGGUAUAGAGAGGAAGACCUGAAUUAAAGCCGCUACACAAACAGCGCGAUGGAGCGUCAUAUACAGGCCGUUCCAACAUUUAAGCCACACAAAGUACAUAGAACUACGUGUGAAAAUUAUGCUCCAUCGCUGUGUUUGCGAGAAGGGCCCAUUAUAUUUGAACAGGGGAUGUUAGAUGCACUAUUGUAAAGUGGUUGUUCCACUGGAUAUCAUAAGGUGAAUGCACCAAUUUGUAAGUCGCUCUGGAUAAGAGCGUCUGCUAAAUGACUUAAAUGUAAAYGUAAUAGAUACUGAUAAAUCUUAGACUGUA